AUGGAACCUCGUCCGAGUGUCCAGUAUGGACAGAGUGGUCGCCGAUUGUCUCACUUUAGUCGUAGUAGUAUAUCCGGUCUGUCGUUGGGUCAGAAGGGUAUUUUUAAUCACGUGAAGGUACAGAAUACGUAUCGGCUAGCCCCGGAAACUAAAGAACGAUUUAAUGCGUGUCAAGCUGAAAAGGUGAUUAAAGGUGUUUUAGAUUCGUAUCUUGGUGGAGAAGAUUACGACAGUAAAUUCUGUUCUAAAGUUGUUCAGGAUUUGUCAUCGAUUAUCAAAGACCAAAUGAAAGACUUGGGAUUCAGCCAUCGAUAUAAGUUUAUUUGUGAAGUUAUCAUUGGUGAAAAUAAAAAUCAAGGCAUUUCUAUGGCCAGUCGGUGUCUGUGGGGGAGCGACGUGGACAAUUACGCCAGUGCAACUUAUACCAAGGGUAACAUUAUGUGUGUCGCUACAGUUUUCGCCACUUAUUUCGAAUAA